AUGGGGUCGCAAUUAUCGGGGGAAAAGGAGCGCCUCACGCAGGGAGCUCCGCUUUCGCAUGAGGAUUCGGCGCACGAGCAGUUUGAGAAGAGUCACGGGCCGCACGGCCAGAAGCUGACGCUGCUGCCGCUCAUCGCGCUCAUCUUCUUCGAGGUGUCCGGCGGGCCAUACGGCGUGGAGGACGCCGUGAAGUACGGCGGGCCUCUGCUUGCCAUCCUAGGCUUCACCGUCUUCCCCCUCAUCUGGAGCGUGCCAGAGGCCCUGACCACCGCAGAGCUAGGAACAGCCUUCCCGGAGAACGGGGGCUACGUGGUGUGGGUGUCAGCGGCGUUUGGCCCCUUCUGGGGCUUCCAGGAGGGGUGGUGGAAGUGGCUGAGUGGCGUGAUAGACAACUCGCUCUACCCGCUGCUCUUCCUCGACUACUUGAAGCGCGAGCUCCCUGUGUUUGGCGGAGGCCUGCCUCGCAUGGCGGCACUGCUUGCCAUGACUCUGGUGCUGACGUACGUGAACUACCGCGGGCUGACGAUAGUGGGCGCCACUGCCAUCGCGCUGGCAGUGUUCGGGCUGCUGCCCUUUGUGGUGAUGGCGCUGCUCGCCAUCCCCAAGAUCCAACCCGCCCGCUGGCUGGUGGUGGAUCUGAACCGCGUGCAGUGGCGGGGGUACUUCAACACACUCUUCUGGAACCUCAACUACUGGGACUCCGUCAGCACGCUAGCAGGCGAAAUAGAGGAGCCGAAGCGCACCUUCCCGCGGGCGCUGAUGGGGGCGGUGGUGCUGGUGGUGGUGUCGUACCUCGUGCCCCUGCUCGCAGGCACAGGCGCCGUGCCAUUCUCCCCGGACGGCUGGGACGACGGGUAUCUGGCCGUGGUGGGUCGCGUCAUCGGGGGCGGCUGGCUCGCCUGGUGGAUUGCGUGUGCCGCUGCGCUGUCCAACAUGGGCGCAUUUGAGGCGGAGAUGAGCAGCGACGCGUUUCAGCUGCUGGGGAUGGCGGAGCGAGGCCUGCUGCCCGAGGUCUUCACGUACCGGUCGCGGCACGGCACGCCCGUGCUGGGCAUCGUGUGCAGCGCCACGGGCAUCGUGCUGCUGUCGUGGAUGAGCUUUCAGGAGAUCGUCGAGUUCCUCAACUUCCUCUACUGCUUCGGCAUGCUGCUUGAGUUUGCCGCCUUUGUGGCGCUCCGGGUCACGCAGCCUGACCUGAACCGGCCGUACAGGGUCCCCGUGGACACCAUGGGAGCAGCGCUGCUGUGCCUGCCGCCCUCCCUGCUGCUCGUUCUCGUCAUGGCCCUCGCGUCCUGGCAGACAGUCAUUGUCAGCACUCUUCUCGUCAUGGCCCUCGCGUCCUGGCAGACAGUCAUUGUCAGCACUCUUCUCGUCAUGGCCCUCGCGUCCUGGCAGAAAGUCAUUGUCAGCACUCUUCUCGUCAUGGCCCUCGCGUCCUGGCAGGCCGUCAUUGUCAGCUCCAUAGCAGCCUUGCUGGGUCUGCUGCUCCCGCUGCUCAUGAUGGGACCUUCAAUCCGAAAAUCUUACCCACCCCUUCUUGCUUACUCCUCCAUGCACCUUGCCGCCCCCCUGCCCCAUCCUCCUGCCAGCUCCAUAGCAGCUGUGGUGGGGCUGCUGAUGUACCCGCUGCUCAUGUGGGCGAAGCACCACGGCGUGCUCAAGUUCACUCAGGACCCGGGCCUGCCAGACGUGGCUCUCAUGGACGAGGAUGACGGCAGUGAGGGCGAGGGUGGGUUUGAUGGGGCGGCAGGCAAGGGAGGGAUGGGGAAGGAGGACGGUGGGGCUGGUGUGCGGGAUGGGGUUGAUGGGGAUGGUGCUGUGGCUGACAGUGAGAAUGGGUUGCUGCUGGGGAAGGAGGGGAGGGAGAAGGGGAGCAGCAAGGUGGUGCCAGUGGAGUGUCCGGGGAAGUCUGAUGGAUCGCUGCGAGCAGGUGCAGGUGAUGCGGUGCUCUCGGCAUGUGAGGGACAGUCGCCUCCUGUCUUGGUGGGAUCGUUGCCUAGUGAUGGGCUGCUUGCGCACCAAGAUGGGCUGUUCUUGACUCCUCGACCUGCUGCAUAUAGUGAUCAGCUUCCUUCGCAAGCGUGCGACGCUGUGUUUUCCUGUCCGUCCUGUCCGUCAACGCCAUUCUGCGCUACUUUCCGCGCCGUGCUAUCCAAAUCGCUCUCGCGAGCGCAUUGCAACGUCAUCAUGGCGGCGCACAAGCCGUUAUCGACGGGUGGGGAGGCGGCCUCAGAGUUCUCGGACGUCCCCGGCGGGGCGAAGAGCGUGACGACGAGGGUGAUGGAGACGGGCGCGAGCGCCGUGCAGCAGUUCGGCCCCAUCCGCCAGAUCGGCCAACACCUCUGCGCGUUCCACUAUUAUGCCAACGACAUGUCGCGACAAGUCGAGGCGCACCACUACUGCUCGCACGUCAGCGAGGACGUGCACCAGUGCCUCGUCUACGACUCCGACCAGCCCUCCGCGCGCCUCAUCGGUGUCGAGUUCAUCGUCUCAGAAAAGAUCUUCCUGUCUUUGCCUGAGGACGAGCAGCGCAUGUGGCACUCGCACGAGUAUGAGGUCAAAAGCGGGCUGCUCAUCAUGCCGGGCAUGCCGGCAGUAGCAGAGCUGCCUGUGAUGAGCAAGCUCGUGAAGACGUUUGGCAAGACGUGGCACUUCUGGCAGUUUGAUAGGGGAGACACACUGCCGCUGGGUGUGCCGCAGCUCAUGGGGGCGUUCUUUGCUGACGGGCAGCUGAAACCCGAACUGCCUAAAGCGGUGGAGCAGCGGUAUGGGGUGCAGCUGGAGGAGAGGCGGCAGCUGCGAGCUGACCUUACAGGCCCUGAGCUCGCUGUGGAUCGCUUAGCGCAGCAGUUUAAAAGGGGGAUGGGGUAUGAGACACAGCUCAAGGAGUGCCAGCUGGACGGGCAGGAGCGGAUGGCAAAGGGAGGCGUGGGUGCCGCAAGUGUGACUGGUGUGGGCAGUGGUGGCAUGGAGCAUGUGGGGCAGGCAGGGACAGGCACUACAGGCAGCGACUGCAAGGCCAGGAUUGGUGGCUGA